UAGUGAAGUACAGAUACCCAAAACUACUUAAGUACUUUACACCACUGUAAAAUACGAUAUACAAACAAUAUAACAAGUUUGACUAGUCAAAUAUAGUAUGCUUUAUUUAUACUAUUGUCAAUCGCUGUCCGAGGUCCUGAUUCCUGACCCUCUCCUGGCUUGAUCUACAAUCGGCGUGGCAAAAUGGUCGACUGACCGCGCUAACAAUUUCGCAAAGGCGAAAGGCAUGCGGCAGGCGAGAUCAGGUGGGAACAUUCUAGCCAAUGAGCGCAGAGACCCGUGUGAACUGGCACAACCGAUAAAAAAAAAAUCGUCGCAAUGUCACGUGCAGGACACUUAACUUAAGUAUUAUAAAACUUAUAUUUGAUCAAAUAAGCCUCACCUAUCAAAAUAGCAAUUAACUUGUAUCUUCACUAGAUUCGACACUCAUUGCUGCUCCCUCAUACAAAACUCCUCACUUGGUCUGCUUUAACGCUUAUUUUAACUCGGACAUAUUUUGGGAGGAGUCGACACUCGCUUCGCCUCUGUUUCACCAACUUCAGCUCCCCUUCAUUUCUCUUAGGAGGGCUCACAAGUGUAGAGAUUUAUCCGACAGCCAAUCAUGUACUUCUCACAGCGUGACACUGUGGGGCAGGGGGAAGACGACUACGGAAUCCAUUUGGAACAAGACCAUAGAGAAUGAUAGAGGCCUCUAAGUGGCCCAAAAUAUAUAUUAGGAUGGGAAGUGCCAUUGAGGGCUUCCACCAUUGUAAUGAAGUCAACUGGGGGGGACUUCCAACUUCAUUGAAUGAUCCCGCCUGGUGACGGUUCAGCCAAUCAUGAAGAAUAAAAUGUACUACUUCAAAAUUGAGAUUGACAGCAUCGGCAGGGCAGGCAGACGCUACAAUGUCACAGACACAAAGAUAAGUCCUCUAUCUAGCUUUAUGGACGAGACAAUAGUUGCAAGUUCAGAGUAUUUUGCAUGGUUUGAGUCGAGUUUUCUGUGAAAAUGGUAUCGGCGGCGUUGAAAGAUGCCCAAUCUCUCUUUACUCCGGUGACGGUUUAUUCUCUGCUGGCCUGCGCCGCUCAAUUCGCCGUGGGAUACAUCCUCGCGCAGAUAUGGGGAAGAAAAUGCUCUGGAACUGAUAGAUGGGUGCUCGUGUGGCUUUUCUACGACGCAAUUGUUCACAUUACCUUGGAAGGGCCCUUUGUUUACAUGUCACUUGUUGGAACCGUGGCAACUUCAGACAAUAUUUUUGCUGAACUUUGGAAGGAGUAUGGAAAGGCAGAUGAGCGCUGGCUCCACUCUGACCCCACCAUCGUCUCCCUGGAGCUGCUGACGGUGGUCCUGGACGGCAUCCUGGCGCUGGUGCUUGUCUAUGCCAUCGUCAAGGACAAACACUACAGUGUUAGCGGGGACAGUGGUGGCCUCACAGCCCCUGCUUCUCCCUCCCCUGUGCCACCCGUCCUGACCCCGACCCCCCCACCGCGGAGAGCCAGAGUGAGGUACCAAGCCAUGGUGGACGUGGGGAAGUGGCCCCUCUUCACCCUGCUGGGGGCUCAGGAGGUCUCCCGCAUCAGGCAGGCCUGUGUCUUCGGAACCUCAGCCAACGAAGCCAUCUACAUCACCCAGGACGAUGAGGUGUUUGUGUUUGGGCUGAACUGCAGUAACUGUCUGGGGACAGGAGACAGUCAGAGCACCAUGGUCCCUAAGAAACUAGACUUCCUCCGAGGCAAGAAGGUGGUCAGUCUCAGCUAUGGCAGUGGACCACACGUCUUACUGGCCACAGAAGGGGGAGAGUUGUUUGCCUGGGGGCACAAUGGAUACAGCCAGCUGGGCAACGGGACCACCAAUCAGGGGGUGUCACCCAUCCUGGUUUCAACCAACCUGCAGAACAAGAAAAUAACACAAGUGGCCUGUGGGUCCCAUCACUCUCUGGCCCUGACACACGAUGGAGAGGUGUUUGCGUGGGGUUACAACAACUGUGGCCAGGUGGGUUCAGGUGCCACAGCCAACCAGCCAACCCCCCGCAGGGUGACCAACUGCCUGCAGGGUAAAGUGGUGAUGGGCAUCGCCUGUGGACAGACCUCCUCUAUGGCCGUGCUCGACAACGGGGAGGUGUUUGGCUGGGGCUACAACGGGAAUGGCCAGCUGGGAGUGGGCAACAACGGUAACCAGCUGACCCCCUGUCGCCUGGCAGCCCUCCAGGGUCUCUGUGUACUACAGAUCGCGUCAGGCUACGCCCACUCCCUGGCUCUAACAGACGAGGGCCUGCUGUAUGCCUGGGGGGCGAACACCUACGGACAGCUGGGUACUGGCAACAAGAGCAACCAGCUCAGUCCUGUACACAUCAUGGCUGAGAAGGAGAGGGGAGAGGGAGAGUGGCCCGCCGUAGGCAGCAAAAGAACAAGGGAAAACACUGAAGAGGCGUGGCACAGAGAGACAGACAGGAUAGUGGAGAUCGCGGCGUGCCACUCCACACACACAUCUGCCUGUAAGACCCAGAGCGGCCAGGUGUACAUGUGGGGCCAGUGUAGGGGUCAGUCCAUCGUGCUGCCACACCUCACACACUUCUCCUGCACUGACGACGUCUUCGCCUGCUUCGCUACGCCGUCUGUCAUGUGGAGGCUACUCUCCAUGGAGCAUGAUGACUUCCUGACUGUGGCCCAGUCUCUGAGGAAAGAGUUCGACAGCCCUGAGACGGCCGACCUCAAGUUCAGCUUGGACGGGAAAUACAUCCACGUACACAAGGCCGUGCUCAAGAUCCGGUGUGAACACUUCCGCUCCAUGUUCCAGUCCCACUGGACAGAGGACAUGAAGGAGGUGAUUGAGAUCGACCAGUUCUCCUACCCCGUCUACCGCUCCUUCUUGGAGUUCCUCUACACUGACAAUGUAGACCUGCCCCCAGAGGACGCCAUCGGCCUGUUGGACCUGGCCACAUCGUACUGUGAGAACCGUCUGAAACGUCUGUGUCAACACAUCAUCAAGAGAGGCAUCACCGUGGAGAACGCCUUCUCUCUGCUCUCUGCCGCCGUGCGAUACGACGCUGAGGACCUGGAGGAGUUCUGCUUCAAGUUCUGUGUGAACCACCUGACAGAGGUGACACAGACUGCAGCCUUCUGGCAGAUCGAUGGCAACAUGCUCAAAGAGUUCAUCUGCAGAGCCAGCCGCUGUGGGGCCUUCAAAAACUGACUGACCACUAACCAGCCCCGAAGGAAGGAAGGACGAGGAAAGGGCUAGCAUGAACUGGUUUGGCUUGACACUACUUGGCCAUGGUAGAAAGGACAAAGAAAGAAAUGGUAUGAACAUGGAAACGGCUAGCUUGAACCGGAUCUCUAAAUUGCCAUAUUAUUAAUCCAUUGAGACAAUGUCUGGUGAGGUCAUCUGGUGAGGUCAUCUGGUGACUAUGGCUCACCUCCAGUUACACAGCCAAAGAAGCCAAAGCGAGUCCCUGCCUAUGCACCUAAUAUUCCACGUGGACAGGUGACACUGUGGGGAGGAAGUUCCUUUACCAGUCAAAACAGUGACAUCAGAGUUCAUUGUCUGUCACUGCAUGUUUACAAACCUGCUAAAUGGCAUCAGACUGCUCGUUUAGCGUCAGUUUAAUUGGAGGACCAUAGAUCUAGCUUAAGAUGGACACUGUUACAUGUCUGACAAUGUAGCUGGCCAGAAAUAUAUUUUACAGGGUUUAUGGUUCAGAGCCUGUGGAUGUUUUUGAGGAAAUGACAGUUUCAAUAUGAAUUGUUAAUAUGCUGUGUACUGACAAAGUAGAGCAGAGCCUGUGGAUGUUUUGAGGAAAUGACAGUUUCAAUAUGAAUUGUUAAUAUGCUGUGUACUGACAAAGUAGAGCGGCGCUUGUCAUUUAUUCAUUCAGGCACAUUCAUUCUCGAGAUUUGAAAUUAACAUGGUGAUGCAAUUCAACAAUGAGCAGGAAGUUGGUUUUCAACUCUUCAGUUCUUUUACCAGACAGAAAACAACAAAACAUUUGGACCAUAUACAAUUUGUUACUGUGUGAACUUUUUUUAUUCUUACAAAAAUAGAUAUCUACAUUUUUUACUAUUACUUAUUGCAUUCCUUUGGUUGAGAUUACCCCCACCCCCCCACCCAAGCAUUUUCAAUCAUUCUGCUGCUUUGGUUGAGAUUACCCCCCACCCAAGCAUUUCCAGUCAUUCUGCUGCUUUGGUUGAGACUACCCCCCACCCAAGCAUUUUCAAUCAUUCUGCUGCUUUGGUUGAGAUUACCCCCACCCAAGCAUUUCCAAUCAUUCUGCUGCUUUGGUUGAGAUUACCCCCACCCAAGCAUUUCCAAUCAUUCUGCUGCUUUGGUUGAGAUUACCCCCCACCCCCACCCAAGCAUUUUCAAUCAUUCUGCUGCUUUGGUUGAGAUUACCCCCCACCCCCACCCAAGCAUUUUCAAUCAUUCUGCUGCUUUGGUUGAGAUUACCCCCCCACCCAAGCAUUUUCAAUCAUUCUGCUGCUUUGGUUGAGAUUACCCCCCACCCAAGCAUUUUCAAUCAUUCUGCUGCUUUGGUUGAGAUUACCCCCCACCCAAGCAUUUUCAAUCAUUCUGCUGCUUUGGUUGAGAUUACCCCCCACCCAAGCAUUUUCAAUCAUUCUGCUGCUUUGGUUGAGAUUACCCCCCACCCAAGCAUUUUCAAUCAUUCUGCUGCUUUGGUUGAGAUUACCCCCCACCCAAGCAUUUUCAAUCAUUCUGCUGCUUUGGUUGAGAUUACCCCCACCCAAGCAUUUCCAAUCAUUCUGCUGCUUUGGUUGAGAUUACCCCCCACCCAAGCAUUUCCAAUCAUUCUGCUGCUUUGGUUGAGAUUACCCCCACCCCCACCCAAGCAUUUCCAAUCAUUCUGCUGCUUUGGUUGAGAUUACCCCCCACCCCCCACCCAAGCAUUUCUAAUCAUUCUGCUGCUUUGGUUGAGAUUACCCCCACCCCCCACCCAAGCAUUUCCAAUCAUUCUGCUGCUUUGAAUAUUGUUUUAAUGGUUUAACGUUCAUUACUACAUUCUAAUUUACUUUGAAGCGAGUGUUUGUACUGAAAUUUAAAUUCAACGCAUUGUAUUCUUUGAUUAUUUUUUCAGAAAUAUUUUGUUGCGCAUGUUUAUUUUUGCAAUUACAUUUCUUUUGAAAUAUUUACAAUUAUUUAGGAUGGAAAUAGUUGCUAUUGGUGCCACAAUUCUCAACAUGUUUAUUAACUUGCAAGUCAUGAGAAGCAACCACUUUGAAAUAAACAACUACAUUCUUGUACACAA